UUCCUUCCUCAAACAAGCUCGAGCGAAUUCACUCUUUGACGAGUUGAUUAGGACAAUGGUGACCUUGAUAACUUUAAACUAACCCAAGUUUUGAUCUCAAUAUCCCUUAUUUUUUACUUCCUUCCAUGAUCUCACUCUGAAUAACGUAAAUUCCUGGUAAAGCAAUCAAACUAAACCACACCAGAGCCAUUCUCCAAUUCCCACUUUUCGUCACCAACGAUCGCAUUCACGCACUGUAGCAAGCAAAAACGGUGUGUGUUCAACAGCGAAACCACAUAACCAAUCCAAAAGUCCACGAACCAUCGUCAACAUUCCAUUUCCAUCAGAUCUCAGCCACGAACCACCGAAUCGAUGAUCAUGAACUGAGAUGCAGCCGAACUUGUUUCCAUUUGGAAGCGUGCUGGGGAAUCCGUUCAUUUUCGAUGCCGAUUUGAGUGACGGAGGAGUUGGAGUUGGAGGAGGAGGAGGGAUCGAUAGUUCUAGGGUUUUCUUCUUGCUUCCUUUCUUCUUGCUCUCACAGGGAGGAGCAAUGGAUUUGUCUAAAGUCGGUGAAAAGAUCUUGAGCUCCGUCAGGUCCGCCAGAUCGCUCGGCUUGCUCCCUCCCGCUUCCGAUCGGCCUGAGGUUCCAGCUCGAGCCGCUGCUGCAGCUGCUGUUGCUCGUGCUCUUGCAGGAUUACCUCCUCAUCAGAGGUAUAGUCUUUCAUCAAGUUCAGAAGAACUGAGUUCAAUAUAUGGAAGCAGACCUGGCCAAGUAGUGGAGGAACUGGAGAAUGAAUUUUAUGAGGAGGAUUUUGAUCCUAUUAAGCAUGUUCUGGAGCACAUUCCAGCUGAAGAAAAUGAGCUAUCUUAUUUUGAAAAACAGGCUGCCCUUAGAUUGGCACAACUGGAUAAAGUAGCAGAGCAUUUAUCUCGCCAUGUUAUGGAACAUCAUGAAGUAAUGGUGAAGGGGAUGAAUUUGGUCAGAGAAUUGGAGAAAGACUUGAGAAUUGCAAAUGUCAUCUGUAUGAAUGGAAGAAGACACUUGACAUCAUCUAUGAAUGAGGUUUCACGAGAUCUAAUUGUGAAUUCUUAUUCAAAAAAGAAACAAGCUCUUAUGGACAUGCUUCCUGUCUUGACUGAACUUCAACGUUCGUUGGACAUGCAAUCAAUGCUAGAAUCCCUUGUGGAGGAAGGAAAUUAUUGGAAGGCAUUUCAAGUCCUAUCAGAGUACUUGCAACUCUUAGACAGUUUGUCAGAGCUUUCAGCAAUACAAGAGAUGAGUCGUGGUGUGGAGGUUUGGCUAGGAAGAACUUUACAGAAGUUGGAUGCUCUUUUAUUGGAAGUAUGUCAGGAAUUUAAGGAAGAUGGCUAUAUUACAGUAAUUGAUGCGUAUGCAUUAAUAGGGGAUACCACUGGUCUUGCUGAGAAGAUACAGAGUUUCUUCAUGCAAGAAGUUAUAUCAGAAACACACUCAGUGUUAAAGGCUAUUGUGCACGAGGAUGAGGAGGGACUUGCGCAAAAUAGUAGGUUCACUUACAGUGAUCUAUGCCUUCAAAUACCUGAAUCUAAGUUUAGACAGUGCUUAUUAAGGACACUGGCUGUUCUAUUUGACCUUAUGUGUUCAUACCAUGAAAUUAUGGAUUUUCAGCUAGCGAGGAAGGACUCUGCAGCACAAGCUUCGAAUAUGUGCAAUGAAGACACUUCUUGUAGUCCAGGUGAGGCUCAGGAAGUUGAUUCAAAUAUAGGAGUCUGCAACAAUUCUAUGUCCACUUCUGGAGAUAUAAUAAAAGGCUCCUCUUCUGGGAAGGAAUCUUCGACAAUCAGUUCAAUCACUGAAACUACUGUAACUGCUGGUUCACCACACAGUGAUUCUCACGGUCCAGUUAAUGAGGCUGGACAGGAAGAAAAUUCAGUAUCAAGCAUUGAAUCCCCAUGGUACUAUCUUCGCAAAGAAGCCACAACAUUUGUUUCCCAGACCCUGCAAAGAGGACGCAAGAAUCUGUGGCAUCUCACUGCGAGUCGUGUGUCAGUAUUGCUUUCUUCUGCUGCAUCUUGUUCUGCAAGCAUUCAUCAAUUCUUGAAAAAUUAUGAAGAUCUCAGUGUAUUCAUUUUGACUGGUGAAGCCUUCUGUGGAAUUGAAGCAGUUGAAUUCAGGCAGAAGUUGAAGGUUGUUUGUGAAAACUAUUUCAUAGCUUUUCAUCGACAAAAUGUACAUGCACUAAAAAUGGUUUUGGAGAAAGAAACUUGGUUAAAAUUACCUCCGGAUACUAUACAAAUUAUCAGUUUUGCUGGACUGAUUGGUGAUGGAGCACCUCUGAUUUCUUUAUCCAGUGGUAAAUCAAUGAAUGUCAACGCAAUCCAUUCUGAUAAAUCAGUAAGCAUGGUACGUACCAGUUCUAGGAAGAGUGGGUUCUCUCAUUGGAUUAAAAAUGGAAACCCUUUUCUGCAAAAGUUAUCAACCUCCAAAGAAGGCCAUGGUCAUUCACAACCUAAUGGAUCAACCUAUGGUGAACUUGAUGGAGGUUCAACCAACAACAUUCAUGAUGAUAAAGUCUCCCCUAGAAAGAAUGGUUCCAAUCAAUUGAAUGGUGCCAACUCUGUUUCAGAAGAUGAAAAUGAGGAUCUUCUUGCUGACUUUAUUGAUGAAGACAGUCAACUUCCAAGUCGGAUUUCUAAACCCCAUCAUUCAAGAAAUCAUUCUCAUGGUAAUGAUGAAGAGAGUACAACACAAACGGGAUCUUCUUUAUGUCUUCUAAGGUCUAUGGAUAAAUAUGCAAGGCUAAUGCAGAAGUUAGAAGUAGUCAAUGUUGAAUUCUUUAAGGGAAUAUGCCAGUUGUUUGAAAUUUUUUUCUAUUCUAUAUAUGAAACAUUUGGUCAGCAGAACACUAAUUCAAGUGGAAAAAGCUCAACUAACUCUCUUAAUUAUCGCUUGAGGACAGCCUUAUCUAGAAUAAAUCAAGAUUGUGAAGAGUGGAUUAAACCUCAGUCGUCUUCACCAUCAUCUUUAAGUUCUUCAUUUGUACAUGCAGAGUUCACGCCUAUGAACCCUCCCAAUAGUAAUGUUGGUCACUCAUCAGGGACUUCUUUGGGUCUCAAGGAGAGAUGUGUGGCUGUUGACACUAUAUCUCUUGUUGCUCGAAUACUGAAUAGAUCCAAAGCUCAUCUCCAAUCAAUGCUCUUGCAAAGUAAUUCAACUGUACUCGAGGAUUUCUAUGUUCAUCUGGUUGAUGCUGUGCCAGAUCUUACAGAGCAUGUUCAUCGUACAACAGUGAGACUGCUGCUUCACAUUAAUGGGUAUGUUGAUCGUGUUGCCAAUUGUAAAUGGGAAGUAAAAGAACUUGGGAUGGAGCAUAAUGGGUACGUUGAUUUGUUGCUGGGGGAGUUUAAGCACUAUAAAACACGACUUGCACAUGGUGGAAUUCGUACGGAGAUUCAAGACUUACUGUUGGACUAUGGGCUUGAAAUUGUGGCGGAAGCUCUUGUUGAAGGACUUUCACGGGUGAAGAGAUGUAGUGAUGAAGGACGAGCUCUCAUGUCAUUGGAUCUGCAGGUUUUGAUCAAUGGGCUACAUCAUUUUGUGUCGUUGAAUGUGAAGCCCAAGUUGCAAAUGGUUGAAACUUUCAUUAAGGCUUAUUACCUUCCCGAGACGGAAUAUGUACACUGGGCACGAGCACACCCGGAAUACAGUAAAAGCCAGGUUGUUGGACUGAUCAACCUUGUUGCUACUAUGAAAGGAUGGAAGAGGAAAACCAGGUUGGAUAUAUUGGAAAAGAUUGAAUGAAUAGCUGUCUUUUGUUGUGUACGAAGUUAGGCAUAUAGAAUCUUGGUCUUUCAUUUUUGGCAGAGCUCCGUGUAAAGGUAAUGUAUAUUGCAAGGUAUUUAAUCCCUACUAAAUGGAGCAUUUUCCAUAUUUGUGCUUCUGGUGUCCUGUAGAUAGUCUCCUUUUAAAAUAAGCUGUAAUUGUACAAUAAUUUCUUUCAUAUAAGAAAUCUCCCACACUACACAGAUCA